UUUAUUUUCCAAAAUUUUCCUACUUUAUUUAUUUCUCCUCAUUUUCUUGCAAAAACCCUAAAUUCAUUUCCUUGAAAAAUUUCUGCAAUCAUUCCUUUUUUGUAUUUUUUUUCCCUGAAUUUUUUAGCUACUUCAUGAAAUUUUUUGGUAUCAGGUUAAAGUCACAAUUGAAGCUCUGUGCAUUCUCUGCAAUGGCGAAGAUUUAAGAUACAAAAUCACCCAACUGUCUUAAUCUGUACUAUUUUGUUUCUGAUUCUUGAAGUUACAAAACAAAGUCCUGGUUUUCCCUUUUAUUUGGAGCUGUACUAGCUAGUUUGAGCUUAUUUUCAAUACAAAAAGUUUUGAUUCUAGGAGAUUUUUGUGUUUGGUGUUAUAAUUCUAACACUUGAACUGCAAAAGUUUUGAUUUCUUUUUAAUACUUAUUAGACUGUAGGGUUUUUAGGGUUUUAGGAGUUUUAAAUGAUCUAUGAAUAAUGGAGGCGAAGGAAGGAGUAAGUUUGGGGGUGACGGUGAAGGGAGAUGAAGCUCCAGAGAAUUUCAGAGUGGCCCCCAGAACUGAAAAUUCUAUCUCUAACCUGAACCCUAGCCACAAUCCUAUAUUUUCUAAUUCUAAUCCGAAUCCUCACUCAAACCCUGACCCCGCUCCUAAUGCUAAUCCUACCCCUAAUACUAGCCAGUUUGGUGGUCCCACAGUGAUCUCCUCGCCGGCGACCGCGGGCACGGAGGUCAAGAAGAAAAGGGGGAGGCCAAGGAAGUACGGACCUGACGGCACCUUAGUUACGGCACUGUCUCCGAUGCCGAUAUCGUCGUCUAUUCCACUCAGCGGGGAAUUAUCAGCUUGGAAACGGGGUAGAGGGCGGCCUUUAGAGUCGGUGAAGAAGCAAUAUAAAUAUGAAAAUGAGAGCACAGGGGAUAGAAUUGCAUACUUUGUCGGUGCAAAUUUCACACCCCAUGUGCUCACAGUUAAUGUUGGUGAGGAUGUCAUGAUGAAGGUCAUGUCCUUUUCUCAGCAAGGAGCUCGUGCUAUCUGCAUUCUUUCUGCAAAUGGUACAAUAUCAAAUGUUACACUUCGUCAAGCUACUUCUUCUGGUGGUACUCUAACAUAUGAGGGUCGUUUUGAGAUUCUUUCCUUAUCUGGAUCAUUCAUGCCAACUGAUAAUGGAGUAACAAAGAGCAGAUCCGGUGGGAUGAGUGUUUCACUGGCAGGUCCAGAUGGCCGUGUUUUGGGUGGUGGACUUGCCGGUAUGCUGGUAGCUGCUGGCCCUGUGCAGGUUGUUGUAGGCAGUUUUAUACCAGGUCAUCAGCAGGAACAAAAACACAAGAAGCAGAGAACUGAAAUUUCACCAGCUAUAGCUCCUAUCAGUGUUCUCUCGCCAGAGGAGUUGAAGGGGGCAUAUGGUGGAGUUAAGCCAGUUCUCAUACCAUCUUCGUCCUUCCAUGCAUCAGAUAAUUCUGUUCCCCUUAACCCUAUACAGGCCUUUGGGAACUCAGCUUCUGAUAAUAAAAAUUCCUCGCCUGAUGAUGAAUCUAAAGGUCCAAAUCUAUCCAACUGUGAGGUUUCUAGUUGAUGACUUUUAUAUAUGCUGGUGGCAUCUUUCAUUCUUUACUGAAGACAUGACAGUAUUUAGGCUCAUCCGACCUUGUUGGAGUCCAAUAUAAACAAACUGGCCAUUAUUGCAAGCAGAUUAGGGUUUAACAUGCUUUGGAUUCACUUUUGUUUUGUUUUUUCUUUUUUUCUUUUUGGGGUAGGACUUGACAGUUUCUAGGAUCAUCAGUGGCUGUUGGCAUCAUGUAUUUUAUAUGUUUGUGAUGUUGUAGUGGAUGUAUGACAACCUGGUUUGUCAAAAUGUCAAUCUUUGUAUCAAGUGCUUUGUAGCGAACAAAUUUAAGUGGACAUUUGGCGUGCAGAUGCCCUUGUCCUUGAACAAUCCAUAUGCUGUUGUUUAUCAGAAUUUAUGUGAUUUUUUCAGUCA